AUGGCCGGUUCGGAUUACAGCACCUGUGGUACAAGUCGAGCUCGUUCAUUAGAUGAAAACGAUGAAAAAAUCUAUACGGCUGCUCUCAAUCAAGUUCAAUUUGAUCCAUACACUGUCAGCGGUAUUCCAAGUACUAAUCCAGUCUGUCAAAAGAAAGCGAUCGUUAAAGGAAGCAAAGGUGAAAUAGUCGUACGAUUUGUUGAUCGCUGUCGCGAUUGUAAAGAAGAUAAUAUUGCCUUAACGUACGAUGGUUUCAUGGCCGUAGCUGGUGAACUUGGCAAUGGUCACACCGACAUCGCAUGGCAUUUUCUCUAA